AUGGUCAUUUUGUUUUCAGUUUACAAGAACUGCGCUGAAGUCUACAAGUCCGGUGACAAGAUCAGUGGAGUGUACAAAAUCAAUCCUGAUGGUUUGGGCGAAUUUGAGGUGUUCUGUGAUCAGAAAACAGCCGGUGGAGGUUGGACGGUGUUUCAGAAGAGGCGAGAUGGCUCCGUUGAUUUCUUCCGUGCUUGGGAUGAUUACAAACGCGGUUUUGGCAAUCUGAACGGUGAGUUCUGGCUCGGUUUGGACAAGAUUCAUCGACUGACUGUAAGCGCUGGUUAUAAACUCCGUGUCGACUUGGAAGACAAUCAUGGAAAUACCGCAUUUGCCGAGUACAGCUCCUUUUCUGUGACAAGCGAGAGAGCAAAAUAUCAACUGAAUUUGGGAAGUUAUUCAGGUAGGUUACUCGAUUGGCAAAUUAAAAUAGUACUGAUAAGCAAAAGCAAGUGGAAGUUAUCGUUGAUUUUUACAACAAGAAUUGACCAUUAACCUUACUUACAAAAAUAAGAUCAUAUCAAAAAGUAGUAAAAAUGAUGAUUUUUCUGUUUCUUUUUUCUUUUCUUUUUUAUAUCUAUUUACCGACUGACUUCAUAAGCUAUUAAAUUAUAGGAGCCAUCUAACGCUUUAAAAAAGAAACAACAGAUGAAGGAAAAAAUACGUGAAAUUCGUUCAAUCUGGAAUACUAUGAACGUGGACAUUGUUCAAUUACGUUGAAGUGAAAUUACCCGUUUGCAAAAAUUCUCCGAAAAAUGAACGAUAAAAAUAAGACCUAUAUUUUCCUUUUUUAUUUCUUUUCGUAGGAACCGCUGGUGAUUCGCUUGGCUAUCAUCGCGCUAUGCUAUUUUCUACCAAGGAUCGCGAUAGUGACAAGAACAGUGGUAACUGUGCCUUGAGUCAUAAAGGCGGAUGGUGGUACAACAGUUGUCACUCCUCCAAUCUGAAUGGUCUGUACCUCAGUGGUAAGGACGACUCUAUAGGAAUGUGCUGGUACCACUGGAAGAACAACUACUACUCUUUAAAGAGGUCGGAGAUGAAGAUACGUCCCCAAAAUUUCUAA